CGCUUCUCAUUGCAUCACUUCUUCUGAAUGAGACAGCAGCAAAAUGAGGAAAUAUUUGUGCAGUUUGACAGACGUCAUAUUUCAGAACCCUGCGGCAACUGACACGGUUAAGGAUGACCAUGAAAAGCAACAGCAGAACUCCCAUGUGGGAAGCAAUGACGAGAAUAUUGACCGGGGGAACUGGACCAAUAAGAGGGAGUACAUGCUGUCUAUGAUUGGCUACGCUGUGGGCCUGGGGAACGUAUGGAGGUUCCCCUACCUGGCCUAUAAGAAUGGAGGAGGUGCUUUCCUCAUCCCAUAUUUUAUCAUGCUAAUUGUUGCUGGUAUCCCUUUGUUCUUCCUGGAGAGUUCCUUCGGUCAGUUCUGCAGCCAAGGCCCUGUCAAUGUGUGGAGGGCUCUGCCCAUAUUUCAGGGUGUGGGUGUAACCAUGGUUUUGGUCAGUACGUUAGUAGCCAUCUACUAUAAUGUCAUCAUUGCCUACAGUCUCUACUACAUGUUUGCAUCCUUCCAGUCCCCUCUGCCAUGGAGCGACUGUUUCUACUGGUCCAACAGCAACUGUAGCCUCACACCUAGAGAAGUGUGCAAUGUUACAAGAGAUUCCAAUUGGAGUGUGCCAGUAAUUACAGCCAACAUGACGCUGUGGGAGAAUGGGACCUGCCCAGAGGGAAACAUCAGCAUUUCAGUACAGAGUCCCAGCGAACAGUACUGGGACCUGGUGGCCUUACAAAGGUCUAGUAGUCUGGAUGAGACUGGUCCGGUGGUCUGGCAUCUGGCUCUCUGCCUGCUGCUGGGAUGGCUGCUCAUUGCUGCUGCCCUAUACAAAGGCAUCAAGUCCUCAGGAAAAGUUGUGUAUUUUACCUCUACGUUUCCCUAUGUGGUCUUGCUGAUCCUGUUGAUCCGUGGAGUGACACUAGAGGGUGCCAGAGACGGCAUUGAGUUCUAUAUCGGCUCCCAGUCCAACCUCGCCAAACUGUGCGAGGCAGAGGUGUGGAGGGAUGCAGCGAUACAGAUUUUCUAUUCGCUGUCGAUAGCGUGGGGUGGAGUCACAGCCUUGUCCUCUUAUAACAAGUUCCACAACAAUGUGUUCAAGGAUGCGCUGAUUGUCUGCCUCACCAACUGUGGUACCAGUGUGUUUGCAGGCUUCGCCAUCUUCUCCAUCCUAGGUCACAUGGCUCAUGUUUAUGGAAAGCCUGUAUCAGAGGUGGCCCAGGCAGGUUUUGGCCUAGCAUUUAUUGCAUACCCUGAUGCCCUGUCCAAGCUGCCCAUCUCUCCUCUCUGGUCCAUCCUCUUCUUCUUCAUGCUGCUCACCCUCGGACUCGACUCUCAGUUCGCUGGCAUAGAGGUCAUCUCCACCUGUCUACAGGACGCCUUUCCUGAAACCUUCAAAUUAAAAAAAUCCAUAGUCUAUGUGGCUCCCUGUGCCAUUCUCUUCCUGCUCGGCCUGCCGUGUGUAACCCAGGCAGGGAUAUACUGGGUGACUCUGAUAGAUCAGUUCUGUGCUGGCUUUGUUCUACUGAUCGCUGCUCUGCUGGAGCUCAUUGGAGUCUUCUAUAUCUACGGAGGAAACCGUUUCAUUAAGGACAUAGAGACGAUGAUUGGGACGAGGAGCUCUCUCUUCUGGUUGUGGUGGAGAGCUUGUUGGUUCUUCAUCUCUCCCGCCAUCAUCAUUGUGAUCCUGGUAUGGUCGUUGUUGACGUUCAGUCCCCCAUCCUACGGUACGGUGCAGUACCCUGCGUGGGGCGUGGCACUAGGAUGGUGUAUGAUCGCCUUCUGUCUCAUCUGGAUCCCCCUCAUCGCUGUCUGGAAAAUACGCACCUCCCAAGGAAACCCCUGGCAGCGUCUGUGUGCUGUUUGUUCUCCUGUGGAGAGUUGGGGUCCGUACCUGGAGGUCCACCAUGGCGAGCGUUAUGCAGACGGACGACGGUACUACAGGAAGAACUCUGUCCACCUGCAAGACAACAAUGUUUACAUCAUCCCCAACAACCUCACACGCCUCUAACCCCAGUGUGUGUGUGUGUGUGUGUGUGUGUGUGUGUGUGUGUGUGUGUGUGUGUGUGUGUGUGUGUGUGUGUGUGUGUGUGUGUGUGUGUGUGUUUUUUUAGUGUAAGCUGCUUAGGAGGACGGCUCAUAAUACUGGCUGAAACGGAGAGAAUGGAAUCAAACCAUGUGUUUGAUGUAUUGAUACCAUUCCACUCCUUCCGAUCCAGUCAUUACCACGAGCCCGUCCUCCCCAAUUAAGGUGCCACCAGCUGGGUGUGUGUGCGUGUCUGCAUGCGUGCGUGUGCACUAGAUGACAAAUCUGUCAUUGUGCCCAUUGUGCCCAAAUCUGUCAUUUCGCUACACUCGCAUUAACAUCUGCUAACACACGUGUAUGUGACCAAUAAAAUUUGAUUUGAUUUAA